AUGAGCAAAUUAGAAGCACAAACACAAGGAAAAUUCCCAUCUCAGAAUGAAAAGAACCCGAAGCACAAUGCUUGUGUUGUCACCCUUAUAAGUGGUAAAAACUACAAAGGACCAGUUCAGCAAGAAGAUGAGGAAGAAGAGAUCGUGGUUGAGCAAGAAUCUGAGGCAACUGAAGAGGUGCAGAAAAACGAUGGACCUGCUGAAGCUGAAGUGAAAAUUACCCCUCCUCCUUUUCCCUCAAGACUGAAAAACACGAAAAAAGAAAAGGAAGACAAAGAGAUUAUAGAUUUCUUCAGAAAAGUUGAGGUAAAUAUUUCCCUCCUUCAUGCUAUUAAACAACUACCUCGAUAUGAUAAAUUUUUAAAAGAGUUAUGUACUUCAAAAAGAAAAUUAAAAGGAAACGAAACAGUUAAAGUAAGCGAGAAUGUUUCAGCUGUUUUACAAAAAAGGCUACCCCCAAUGUGUAAGGAUCCAGAAGUAUUUACUGUUCCUUGCAAGUUGGGGAACCUUUCAGUGCCAAGAGCUAUGUUGGACUUAGGAGCUUCUAUAAAUGUUUUACCAUAUUCACUUUUUAAAACUAUCGAGGUAUGGCCUUUAAAAAGAACAGGAGUAAUCAUUCAGUUAGCUGAUCGUUCUCUGGUGCACCCGAAAGGUGUACUGGAAUACGUUUUGGUUCAAGUGAAUGAACUCAUAUUCCCAGCUGAUUUCUAUGUUUUGGAUAUAGGAGAUGACGACUCACCAAACUUAGGUUCCAUUCUUUUGGGGAGAACAUUUUUAAAAACCGCAAGAACCAAAAUAGAUGUUUAUGAUGGUACCCUUUCAAUGGAAUUUGAUGGUGAAGUUAUCAACUUCAAUAUUUAUGAUGCCAUGCAUUACCCAGAUGAUGUUUCAACCCUUAAUUUCAUUGAUGUAAUUGAACCGUUAUCUGCAGAAUAUUUUGAGAUUGCUAACCGUGAGUCACUAGCAUUAGUGCUCCACAGAUAUUUGUCUAUUAAUGUAGCUCAGGUUAUAUUAGAAAACUAUGUAGUUGAUAGAGAAGUUCAAGAGAUGGCAGCUCAUAUGGACCAACAGAGAAAGUUGAGAUAUGGUACCCAAACACUUAAAUUACCAAUUUCUAACUCCAAGCUUUUUCCUUCUGUAGUGAAAGCCCCCAUCUUGGAGCUAAAGACACUUCCAGAACACCAGAAAUAUGCAUAUCUUGAGAAAAAAGAAACAUUACCAGUUAUCAUAUCCAACAAGUUGUCAGAAAAAGAAGAGUUAGAGCUGAUCAGAAUUCUGAAGGAGUACAAAAGUGCAAUUAGAUGGACUAUUGCAGACAUUACAGGACUCAGCCUAUCUCUCUACAUGCACAAAAUUCUGAUAGAAGAAGAUUAUAAGCCAUCGCGAGAGGCCCAAUGCAGAUUAAACCCACCAAUGAUGGAGGUGGAUAAAAAAGAAGUUAUGAAGUUACUGGAUGUUGGGAUGAUAUACCCAAUUUCUGACAGCAAGUGGGUUAGCCCAGUUCAAGUUGUUCCCAAGAAGGCUGGAUUGACAGUGGAAGAGAACAAAGAAUGA